AUGCUCGGAACAUUCUGCGGCGAAUCGAACCGCGACGAAUGCGGGAACCGGUGGUCGCGGAUGUGCAAUUUCUUCUGGUGGUGUUCUUUCGUCGUCGCUGCGGGGACGCUAGCGUUGAUGCUCUAUGGGGAACACCACUACGCAGAGGAAGUGCACGCACUGACGCCACUAAUGCGCGGAUAUGUGCCGUCACCCUGCUCGCCUCUGCCUGUCAACGACCGAAAGCUCGUGCAUAUCGACUGCCCUUUGGCUGAGCUGGAUACUUUCUACCCACCCUCCUCGUUUUCAGCAAACGUUGCUAAAUUCACUGGAGUGUUUUUUGAAACAAAGGCUGAGAUCUUCCAACACGUCCAGAAGGGUGGCACAUUGGGCCCUUUCAUAGAGGGCGACUGGGUGGAUCACCAGGUUGACCUUUCUCAACUUCCGAGCAUGGUAAUGCCGGGGGAUACGAACCCCGAUUUCUUCCCCGCUGUGCCUGGGAGGGGCCGAGUGUUCACCUCCAAGUUGAAAGCCGGCGGCUUUACACUUCCUUCCCACCUGCUGACGAAAUUCAAGAAAAAGCAACUGCUUCCUCUGGUCGAUGACGGCUACUAUCAACCUUCUGAAUCACGCCCCCCAACGCAUCUCGAUUACAAGAACACCCAGGUGAAGAAUAACGCCCUGUACAGUGGAGAUCCGGAACAUCCUCGCAUCGGAGAUGUUCGUGUCACUUUCUGGGGCAGCACAGCGACACACGUCAGUGUCAUCGGCCUGCAGACGACAGGGUUCCUGGGCUCUGACCGCCAUAUUCAAGGUAUUCCUUCUCCUACGCUUCAGAAUCGGACCAUGAGCAUCUUCGCGGAAGGAGAUUAUAGCCCAGCAGCGCUUGUGUCGGAAUACGUAUCUGAGACCCACGCGUCCAACACACAGACAUGGGUUCUUCGUUGUGCCUCCUUUCUCCUCGUCUGGUUCGUCCUGUUCGUCACUGUAGUAACAUGCAACACGUCCAAGACAUGUUGCGUCGUCUUCCUGAAUUCCGGUCUGUUCGCCCUAAGCAUCAUCACGGGACUUGCGGGCCUGGUUUGGUGGCGAUUCGAUAUUGUUGUGGCGACGUCUCUCUGGGUUAUUUCAAGCGUUGCUGUCGUCCUUGCAAUUGUGGCAUGGAUGUGGGACUCAAACACCAAUGGAUCCCGUGGAAGUAACAGACGACAAAGUGGCAAUUCCAUAUCUAGUGCAGCGUCCAGUGUAUAUGCUGCCUCGGGGAGAUGGACCAAUGAACAUGCGCCUCGAGGCUAUUUAAAUCGAGCUCUACUCGCGAAGAACGAAGAGAGCGACGGCGCUGCAGGCGCCUCCGAUGAACACCUUCAAAACAGUUAA